AUGUACUUUCUUACUACACCACGCAUCGGCUUCCGACGUUGGAGCAAGGACGACACUGAGCUAGCAUCGGCUUUAUGGGGCGACCCUGAAGUGACGCACUUCAUUGACGCCCGCCCUAGACUGUUUGCCGCGCAAAUCGAAGAAAAGCUGAAUGCUGAGCUAGAAAUGCAGCAGCAGCAUGACAUGCAGUACUGGCCAAUCUUCCUGAUGGAAAACGGGAACCAUGUCGGUUGCUGCGGACUGCGCCCUAAGGACGUCGCCGCCAGAAUAUUUGAGUUCGGCGUACACUUACGCAAGCCCUAUUGGGGAACCGGGCUCGCCGCCGAAGCUGGUCACGCCGCCAUCAACUAUGCCUUCGAGCACCUUAAGGCGAGGCAACUAUUCGCCGGCCACCAUCCGGAAAAUCACGGAUCGCGCCGCCUUUUACAGAAACUCGGCUUCGUCUACAUCGGCGACCAGCUAUAUCCACCUACCGGCUUAGAACACCCCUCCUAUAUGCUGAUGCAGACUUGA